AUGGAUCGUAUUGCGCGAAUGCAUAUUCAAUCUUUUGACUUUAUGCUAAAAAGUUGCAUAAAAAGAAUGGUGAAAUACCUGCAACCUGUAUACAUAACUACCCCAGAUGGUGAUGAGUUUUCUGUGCAAGUUGAAUUAGUCGAAGUUGGUCACCCGCGAGGGUCAGAUUGUGAGGAUUUUAUUGUUUACCCUCAUGAGUGUCGGCGAACGGGUCAAACGUAUGGCGGUAACCUCGCGAUUUCCAUAAAAAUUCGCCGGAAUGGUUGUGACAUGGGUAUCGUUGAAGUUAACGGUGGUGAGGUUCCAAUCAUGGUAUUGUCUAGUGCGUGCAACCUCUCGAAGAUGCCGCGUUCUGAUUUCCCUAAACACAAUGAGGAAGAACGCGAAUUGGGUGGCUAUUUCAUUGUCAAUGGAAAUGAAAGGCUUCUUAGGUUGCUUAUAAUGGCUCGCAGGAAUUAUCCGCUUGCUAUAGCUAGGUCGUCAUUCAAAAAACGAGGUUCGGGUUAUACGGAAUACGCCAUCUUAAUGCGUUGUGUGCGAGAUGAUGAACACUCUGCGCCGGUCAUACUUCAUUGGGUCAUGAAUGGGGAACCUACUCUGGCAUUUACAGUUGAAAACGAACAACUAUUUGUCCCUAUUUCAAUCCUCUUGCGUGCUCUUAUGGACAAAACUGAGCUUGAAAUCUAUGAAGAUAUUCGGCGUGGUGGUGGGGAUUCUUUAUCACUUGAUGAGCAUGCGAUGAGGAUUCUGAUGAGAUUAUCGGAAGGCAACUGUAAUAGCCAAUCUCGUGCUCUUUGCUACUUGGGGAAACUUUUUCGCCUCAAAAUGCACCUGCCGAAUUCUUACGCCGACUGCGCUGCCGGCGAGCAUCUAAUGAGCUACAUGAUACGCAAGCUUCAUGCUUUCGUUUCGGGUGCAUGUUGUGCGGAGAGCAAUGAUAAUCUGAUGUUUCAGGAAAUAUUACUUCCUGGCACAACGUACGUCCAAAUUCUUCGGGUGGGUUAUUGCUUGGCUAUUACGUUAGUGAGUACAAACUUUCGCCAAAUUUUGAGUCGUAACGUCGUGGAGAUCAGCGGCGGAUUAAAAUUCUUUAUAUCCACUGGCAACUUACCUGGCUCCUCGCGCACAGUUCUAGGUCGACUGUUGAAUGGGCAGACUUCGGGUCUUUCAGUCCCGGUUGAUACGGUUAACUUUUUACGCUUUGCUGCACAGUUUCGUUCCGUACACCGCGGUGCUAUGUUUAGUGAAAUGCGAACCACAUCUGUGCGGCGUCUCUUACCAGAGGCUUGGGGCUUCAUCUGCCCUGUUCACACACCUGAUGGUGCGCCAUGCGGUCUUCUCAACCACCUUGCAGAUUGUACUGAAGCUGUAUGUGUGGCCCCCAGUCAGGCAUUGGUGAACAAAUUUGCGGUCUGGCUGUUGGAACACAACCUGCGACCGGUGGAGCUCUCACGCCAAAUGACGGGUGUGAGUGAACAUCGCGGUGUCUUCCCCGUCCUCCUAGAUGGUCGUUUAGUUGGCUGGUCACCCUCCAGCCUAGCCGCCCAGCGGUUGGCUCGAGAGUUGCGCUGUGCCAAACUGGACCCGAAUUGUCCCCACGUUCCCAACACUUUGGAGAUCUGCUUGGUAGACCCUACUGACACUGGUAGUCAGUAUCCCGGUCUAUUUCUCUUUGUUGGUGGUUCGCGCCUGCUCCGGCCUGUGAAGAGUCUCGUUCGGGUUGGCUCGGAGAACAUUGAUAAAGCAGAAAUCGAAAUGGUUGGCACUUUUGAGCAGCCAUACAUGGACAUUGCGGUAACGGUCGAAGAACUCAUGGACCGGCCAGUCAAUGAGAGAAUGCACUUUGAAGUGUCACCAGAGUCCAUCUUCAGCUUUGUCGCCGGUCUCACACCAUAUCCUGACUUUAAUCAAUCUCCGCGCAACAUGUACCAAUGUCAGAUGGCCAAACAGACUAUGGGCCAUUCGUCUUACACCUGGAAGUAUCGUUCAGAUCCCAAAGCCUAUCGCUUACUCAGCCCGCAGAGCCCGCUGGUGCGAACUAAAACCUAUGCCAAAUACGAUAUGGACCAUUAUCCUCUUGGAUUCAACGCCAUCGUUGCUGUUAUGUCUUACACAGGUUAUGAUAUGGAGGAUGCUAUGGUAAUCAACAAAAGUUCUUACGAGCGUGGCUUUGCAGACGCAUGUAUUUACAAAUCCGAAACCAUAGAUUUGGCCAGGUUCUCUACCAAAGUGAAAGGGAAAAAACAAGCUGAGCACUAUUUUGGUUCGUACUGCUAUUUCCUAUUCCCUCCUCUAGACCUACUUGUCAUCAGUAUUACUCAUGGUGGGUUGAAUAACCUUCCUCCGAACAUUGAUAUUGAUGGUUUUCCGCCAAUUGGGGCGCGCCUUAUACCAGGAAAAAGUGUUUUAUAUGUCUACACGCACUGUGAGACGAUGGAGAUGACCUCUGUCCGCUACAAGGACGGGGAGCAAACCGCAUAUGUGGAAGCAAUAUCUCUUAAUGGCAGGAGUAACGACCUUGUUGGUUCGUUUUAUUUACAGGCUUGCAUAACGCUGCGUUUGCCACGGCGUCCGGACAUCGGUGACAAAUACAGUAGCCGCCAUGGUCAGAAAGGCAUUAAUAGUAUCCUCCUGCCUGCUGAUGACAUGCCCUGGACCGUGGAGGGUGGGAUUGUGCCGGAUCUGAUAUUCAAUCCCCACGGUUUUCCAACGCGUAUGACAAUGGGCAUGAUGAUCGAAUUCCUAGCUGGCAAAUCGGCUGCCUUGACUGGUGAGUGGGUUGACGCGACACCCUUCCAGUGGACUGAAGAAAAUCCGCCUUUUGAAAAGUACGCUGAUCAGCUGAAGAAUGCCGGCUUCAACUACUGGGGCACGGAAGCUAUGAUGUCAGGAGUUACUGGUUCCCUUUUGGAAGCUCACAUCUUCAUUGGAGUUGUUUACUACCAGCGCUUGCGUCAUAUGGUGGCAGACAAGUAUCAGGUGAGAUCUGAGGGUCGAUUUGAUGCUAUGCUUCGCCAACCUAUAAAGGGGCGCAAGGUCGGUGGGGGCAUCCGUCUUGGUGAAAUGGAACGUGAUUGCGUCCUCUCCCAUGGGCUAUCAUUCACACUCCAGGAUCGACUUUUGGGAUCCAAUUGCGACAAAGUGAAGAUGUUGAUAUGCUCAGAUUGCGGUGGUUUGAUUCACGAAGACUUGAUCACCGAUGAAAAUACAGGUGUCCAACAGCGAGGAAUCAGUCUUACCAAAAGGUUUCGCUGGCGAUGCCGUCUUUGCAACCCAUCAUCCUCUCCCAACGCAGCGAACUCCCUCGAGAAUAGGAUGCUCCUUGUCGACGUUCCCGCGGCUUUUCGCUACCUGACCUACGAACUUGCCUGUCUUAAUGUUCAUACGCGGAUCGAAGUGAAGCAAUUCACCUAA